AUGUCGUCGACUCAGAAGAAGCAGCGCUCGGCCAUCGCCGACGUCGUGGCCCGCGAGUACACGAUCCACCUGCACAAGCGUCUCCACGGCGUGACCUUCAAGAAGAGAGCUCCCCGCGCCAUUAAGGAGAUCAAGAAGUUCGCCCAGAAGGCUAUGGGCACUUCUGAUGUCCGUCUGGAUCCCCAGCUCAACAAGAAGGUCUGGGAGCAGGGUAUUAAGGGCGUUCCUUUCAGGAUCCGCGUCCGCAUCUCCCGGAGGCGUAACGACGAGGAGGGUGCCAAGGAGAAGCUCUACAGCUACGUCCAGGCUGUCAACGUCAAGAACCCCAAGGGCCUGCUGACCUCUGUGGUCGAGGAGGAGUAA